GUUUCCCGCGGCCGCCCACCAUUUCUCUGCCCCCAGAAAAGCUUCCACCAUGCCGCCGCCGCCGCCGCCGCCGACGCGUCGUCCUCUUUUCCUCGCCCCCCACGCCUCCUCCACUCCUCAUUCGGACCUGCCAUGGCCGCCGCCUCCAGACCCCUGCCGCUCCGCCUCGCCGUGCCGCUCGCCCUCGCCCUCAUACUCGCGCUCGCCCUCGUCACCGACUUCCUCCGGGCCUCCUCCUCCUCCUUCUCUGGCCGCAUCUCCGCCCUCUCAUCCUCCACCAAAACGGUGAAGAAGGGGAAGCGCGCAAAGGACGACGUCGAGCGUUUGAUGGGGCACCUGAACGCGACGUACGCAGACCUUCCGGCGCCGCGCUGGGACUGGGAGGAGAUGCCCGCGGCGCCCGUGCCGCGCCUCGACGGGGCGGCCGUGCAGAUUGGGGAUCUCCUCUACGUCUUCGCUGGGUACGGGAGCCUCGAUCAUGUUCAUUCUCAUGUGGAUGUGUACAAUUUCAGUUCAAACACAUGGACUGAGAGGUUUGAUAUGCCCAAGGAGAUGGCACAUUCGCAUUUAGGAAUGGUGUCAGAUGGUAGACAUGUUUAUGCAGUUUCUGGACAAUAUGGGCCACAAUGCCGUGCCUCAAUAAACCGCAAUUUUGUUUUAGACACGGAGACAAAAGAGUGGCAUGAAUUGCCCCCUUUACCAUUGCCCAGGUAUGCACCGGCUACUCAGCUUUGGCGUGGGCGGCUCCAUGUUAUGGGUGGAGGAAAAGAAGACCGUCAUGAACCUGGGUUGGAGCACUGGAGCCUUGCUGUCAAGGAUGGCAAGGCACUAGAGAAUGAGUGGCGAGCUGAAGUACCCAUACCACGUGGUGGACCUCAUCGGGCAUGUGUUGUUGCCAACGAUAAACUAUUUGUAAUUGGUGGACAAGAGGGAGACUUCAUGGCUAAACCAGGAUCACCUAUUUUUAAAUGCGUACGGAGGCAUGAGGUUGUGUAUGGCGAUGUGUAUAUGCUAGACGAUGGAGCCAAGUGGAAGCAACUGUCUCCAAUGCCAAAGCCAGAUUCCCACAUUGAAUUUGCAUGGGUUGUCCUUAAUAACUCCAUAGUAAUUGUUGGUGGAACUACAGAGAAGCAUCCUAUCACCAAAAAGAUGAUUCUUGUUGGUGAAGUCUUCCGUUUUGAUUUGGAAACAUUGACCUGGUCUGUCAUUGGGCGCAUGCCUUUCCGAAUCAAGACAGCCUUAGCUGGAUAUUGGGAGGGGUGGCUCUAUUUUACUUCUGGGCAGAGAGAUCGAGGGCCUGAUAAUCCAGCUCCUAAGAAAGUUGUUGGUAGUAUGUGGAGAACAAAGCUGCACCUUUGAUGUUAAAAUUUAUGACAGGGGUUUUCUGUACACUGUAGAUUUGUAUCUCGUACUCUAACUGCUAGGACCCUCUCAGACAAUUGUGCUUUCCUGUAUUUUGUUGUCUACCUAUUCAUAUUAGCUGCUUUAACUAGAUUUCAACGUUUAGGAUAUUUGCUUCUGCAGUACUCCUGAGUACUUAUAGUAAAACCUUGUAAGUGCCUUCUCCAACAGAGAUUUGACUUAACAAAACAGAGGUUUCACUUUC